UUUAUGGUGUGAGUUUUGACAACUGGGUUAGAUAUAGCUGGCUACCUGAACUCACUUGUGUGAAAAACAUUAAUUCUUUAAUGUUCAGCUUCUUUAUGUAAUCCUGCAGAUUAUCUGAUCCUCACCUGUAAUUUUGAUUCACCUAUCAACUCGAAAAACAUGGGGAAUUUAGCACAAUUAUUUUGCAGAGGAGUGAUUUUAUUUCUUACGGGAGCUUUAUUUACUGUUGUACUAAGCUUACUUCAAGCCCAAAGAAAUCAUACUCAUCUACAUCCUAAAAAUACUACUUGGAAUAUACUAUGCUCAAAGUGGUGGUUACCUGUUGUUUGUGGAGUAGGGUCUGUUGUGGUUGGCUUGAUCUACCCAUUUCUAAAAGAGAAGGAAAGUACUACAAGGCAGAUAUCUCAAGAAUGGUCUCAUGUCUUACGAUGUAUAGCAAUGUUUGUCGGCAUCAAUGAAGCUUGCACUAAAGUGGACUUUCCAAGUAACCUGCAGCUGUCUUUAUCUUUAGCUGUAUUAUCUGUUGGAUUAUGGUGGUAUUUUGACAGAACAAGAAUUGGUCUGGGAAUGGGCAUUUUAAUUGCUUUGUUAGCAACUGUGAUUAGUCAGAUGCUUGUUGCUCACAAAAUAUGCAUUUACAGUGAACGAGAAUUUUUAUACAUGAGAUCCUGGUUACCCUGUGUUGUAUUUUCUGGUGGUAUUACUGUUGGAAAUAUAGGAAAACAAUUGGCCCUGAAUGAUUUCAAAAAUGAAAAUAAAUCACAUGCUGAAUGAGCCCAGAAAUAUUCAAAUAAAAGACAUUUCUUUCGAACUUCAUAUUUAAGAAUGAAGACUUUCAUUAUGGAGACUUACAGUUAUGGUUCGUUAUGUUAAGGAACUUAUAUUUUCCAUCCUGUUAAGCAUUUUCAUACUUGUUCAUUGCAUUUACAUUAGUAAAAGUGAUAGUUUAGUUUAUUAUAUGACUGCUCGUUUUGUUACCUAGAUUGCAUUAGAAGAGGUAUGCAGAUGUGAAGUUAUUAGUAUUAUACAGUGGUUCUAAUCAUUGUUAGGCGAUAAUCUAAUGAUUAGGUGUGACCAUUUGUUUUUUAUGUAUGUAUAAAUGUUAUCAUUAGAAGUUCAGGAAGCUAUUUAUUUCAUCUUUCUUUCUUUGUCUAUAGACAUAGUGGGAAUAAUGGGGUUUGUAAAUAGCAAUAGUUCAACAUAAUUUAGCAAUAAAUAAUUAAAAGUUUGUCGCAUAGCGCUUCGAAUUUUAAGUAACAUGAAUAAGUGAAGAACCUGGCUAAAUACCAUGGUACUGAUAACAGGGCAAUCCUGCAGUUCCGAGAGGUUCUUGAAACUCCUGUAUUUAAAAGGAUCUCUACACCAUUAUUUUUAAGAAGUGACCAUCAUUAUUUUAGACACUUUGUGUAAGUUUUCUGCUGAAAAAAAUUAAAAAUAAAGUACCAUAAAAUGUAGUUUCUAGUUGCUUUUAUUUAUAUUCUAAAAUGUUAGAGCUUACUAUUCUUAUUCUGCACUCCCCCUUGAAACAUUUCUUGGAAGAUGUUACGCUAAAUUAUGUAUCGAAAUUAUUGAACUAUUGUUGAAGGUUAUUAAUGGUUAUGAAAUGCAAAAUACCGUGCAAGGGAAAACGGUACGCAUGUAAUACUUUAUUGUAGACAUGUUACUGUGAAAGAUCGAAAUUGGUGAAUGUCAAUAUUCACUGGUCAAUGCAGUGGUUUCUCAUCAGUGAAGAACGCCUCCCUAAAGAGGUGUAUGGAAUAAUUGCAAGGAGGACACACAGCUGUUACCAACCUAUCAUUUUUAAUGCACAAAAAAGAAUAUAUAUAUAUACAUAUAUGUAUAAAUCGCCGUUGGGAAAUAAAAAUGGAAGAAAUGUCAGCGUUAUUGCAGUUUGGUUUAAGUGCCCACAUUAAAAGCAUAGAUUUCUUUUCAAUGUCAACAGUUUGAAAAAAUUUGCUCUGAAAAGCUAACCUUCCAGUAUCUUUAAUAUUGUAUUAAUAUUCCACUAAGGUUCUAUUAUAAUCAUCUAUUUUUGUGUAAUUUUGUUUAAGUUAUUAAAGUCGUAAAAUUAUCAAUACUCAUUAAAAUUUUAUAAGAAAUGUGGUUUGAUGCAUUAAAAACGAGAUUGUAUAAAAUAUGGUACGAUUUCUGUAAUCAAUUUAAUAAACUGUAAUGUAAAGGCAAAAAUUCAUGGAAUUGUUUCAUUGAGAAAUUUGAAGGGGUGCAUAGCAAUUUCUUUAUGAUAAAAAAGUGGGGUGGAUGAAAAAAAUUUGGAAACUGCAGGAUUAAUGUAUGAUAAUGUAACAAAAUAUUUGAUCUUUCGCCGAUGUAUUUGCUCUGGGAUUGUUGAGAUUUUCUGAGCUUCACCAGAUUUCGGUCUUUUACGGUCACAUAUACACAUUAAAAAUAUGAAACAUUUCCUCAUACUGUGUGUAAAUAAAACCUAAUUAUCAAAUCAGAUCAACAUAUAUACAGUGGUGUUCCCAUAGGGUAUACUCCAUAUACGCCCUAUACUCUCAAACAUGUUUUAGACACAUAGCACAUACCCUCAAAGUUCAAAAAAUUUCAUAUUAUAACAUAUUAUGUAUUGAACGCAUACACAUAUUGUCUGGGAGUAUACCCUCAGAAAAAUUGAUGGGAACAUCACUGCAUAUAUAAUGUUGUAUGCUUUUAGUGUAAAAGUUGUUUUUCUUAUACAAAAAACAGUUUCCUAAUUAAUAUUGUUCAUUGAAUUAUUUUGUUUACUUGCACUGUUGAUGAGUUUUAAUAACAAUCUGUUUGAUCCUGUACCAUGUUUUUGCUAUUUAAUAUUUAUCUGUGAUAAGUUGUAAUGACUUUGUGUAUUAAAUUUUGGUUGCAUUUUCUUAUUUAUUGAUCUUUUAUUUGAGACACAUUGAUAAUAUUUUUUUAAAAAUUUAUAUUUGCAUUUAACUGUUAUGGCAAUAUAUGUCAACACAGGGAUUACAUUUUUUGACAGAAUGAGUCUUAAUUUUUUCCAGAAUGAUAAUGUAACUUCCCCAGAAGACUUAGGCAAAAAAUGUUUUUGAAGUUGGAUAUGGUUUGCUUUAGACAUUUUCUAUGGUGAAAAAAGGAAAAAUUCUGCUUUUUUUUGGGGGGGGGGGUGGAGGUAUCCCCCCCCACACACAUACACACUGGGUAUGCUAUUGCUAUGUAGUAAUUUAAUAGAACUAUUUUGGUUUUUCAACAUUAAAUGUAAUAGAUAUGUUGCCCUCUUUAGCUAGAAGGUGGUACAUACAUUUCUUUCUCUUUUAAGAUAAUUUAUUGUCUUACAAUAUUGCUGUAAUUUAAAAAAAAUAGCAAUAGAUUGUCGCGUGAGAGCAACAGCAGGUAAUCAUAUUUUUAAUCCCGAGUUUCAAUGUUUUAACUGUUGCUCUGAGGCAACAGUAUCUUAAAGUAAAAGAAAUUAUUUGAAAAUUUUGCAUUCGUUGCAAGAUUAUGACAUUCCAGUUGUUAAUUAAAAGCAUCAUUGAAUUUUUGUUAUUAAACAUGCAGAUUUAUUCUGUGUUGUAAAAAAAUACAAUAUGUAAUUUCAUAAAAUAUAUAAAAGAAUUGUAAAAUCUAAUUAGAAAAUUCAAGUUAAAGGCCCUAUCAUCUUACUACUAUUAUAUAUGCGAAAGUUUGUCUGUAUAGAUGUAUGGAUGUUUGUUACUCUUUCACGCAAAAACUACUGAAUGGAUUUUGAUGAAACUUUACAAUAAUAUAGCUUAUGCAUCAGAAUAACACAUAGGGUAGUUUUCGUCCCAUUAUGGGGGGCAAAACCCCCUUAGGGGGGCAAUAAAACACAAUUUUCGUAUAAAUUCUUUAAUAUGGGGAUGAAAAAAUACUUGCACAUAUUAACAUUAUAUGUCCAUCGAAAGCUCUGAUUUUUCUGCUGAAGGUGGUACCUGUUUGAAAUUUCUAAGUGGAGUAAAGAACGAGUUAUGAGCUUUUUAGUUCCAUGUUCAAAGGCAUUAACCAUUAAAUUAAGGCUUAACUCAAUACAAUAUUUAGUGUAUCAUCUCAACCCCCUGUCGAUAGCGACUAUUGUUGUAUUGUUAACUAUCUUUACUUUUCGUGACUGUUCAAGGCUUUUCUCAAAUCAAAUCUUGAAGUAAGAUUUUUGCACUAGAUUGGCAAAUAAUACAUGGAUUUGGCUGAUUUUUUUCCAUUUUAAUGCAACUUUGAGGCAAUUAAUAGUUUUUUUUAUUUAUUUGUAUUGACUAGGUAUUUAAUCGAUCAGCUGGAAUCAAGCCAAACUUUUUUUGUGGAAUCAUUUCAAUAGCUAAGGCAUUUGGCAUUUUUUUCAUCUGUCACUGUUUUUGAAGCUAAAGACUACGCAAUACUGUUUCUCGGUUUUCACCAUGUAACCAAAUCUCGCAAUUUCUUUAAUAUUUCUUUCUUUAAACUUGUUAACACGUAAAAUAAUUCGCCAACUAAUUCGCAAAUUCAUAAACAGCGCAAAAACUUCCAUUACUUUGUCUUUGCACACAAUUUCAAACAAUCGCCAAAUUUUUACUAUUUAUUGGAAACAUUUCGGGUAGCAUCAUUGUUGGCCCUACUUUGGGAUGAUUUCUACGGUAAGAAGUUACACAUUACACAAUAAUUUAGAUUGCCGGUGUAGCACUGGAUAUUAUAUAUUUGAUGGAGAUCAGGAUUAUAAGGGAACUGUUUCACUUUAUUUAAGAAUAGUUGACCUCACUCGAAUUGGAUUUUUUGGGAAUUACCCAAACUGACUUCUUUACAACUCCUGAACGUUUUCGUGAUUUAUUUUUUGUGAUUUUUGGGUUUCUUCUCAGUUUUGCCAACAUUUCAUUUACUCCCUUUCCCCCUAAUUUUCAGUUUUAAUCAUACCUUUUGAUACAUUUAAGGGGGCAGGCAAUUUGAAAUGUCGGCGAAACUAGAGACAAACGAUGUUUUGGUAACUAUUUGACCUCUGCCUGUAAUGGCCAUUAACUUGAAUCAAUUGAAAAAAAACUACAUCAACGUGAGCGAAGCUGCAGGGAAAAGCUAGUUAAAAAAUAUGUAUAGACACUUUUAGAGUCAGCAAUAUUGAUAAUGCUAAAAUUGAACAGUCAUUUCUAAUGGGUAUAUACUUUGCCCCAGUUUACUACAAAUUCUAAAAUUCUAUCUUAUAUGAAUUCAAGUACUUCAACAUUUUGUGGCUGCACAAAUUUUUAUAAAGAUUCCUGAUAUGACAUUAUCAAUUAAUUUAGUUAUUGUUCAUGAAUAUGUAUGCUACUUUCUAUGCUAAAUUUUGAAAAGUUUGAAAUUUAAUAGUUGCAUUCUUAUUUAUUUUCAUAUGUUUAAAAGACAUAAUCUCAUUUUAAAUUGUUGAAUUGGUUAUAAAAUAACCUGUAGUGUCAAAAUGUAUGUAUUUGUAUUUUUUCAUG